AUGGCACCCAAUGGCUCCACCUCAAAUGCUCACCCAUACCUAUUGGAAGAGCCAGAGCAGUACUGUGAUUUGCUGGAUAUUUUCCUUGUUGCGAAGCAAGAGCUGAUACCCGUGAACAGCGGCGUGCUGGCGAUGCACUCUGUCUUCUUCCGCAACAUGUUGAAGGAUCUCAAGGCAGAUGAAGGAUCCAAGACUCAAGGGAAGCUGUCCAUACCACUCGAUGAGUCAGUCUCCAUCGAGGAUGCAAGAUUGAUGCUUUCCUUCAUUUGCUGUGCACGCAGGAAGAUAGAAACGAUGGAGGAGGCGCACACACUCAUUUCCCUGGCAGACAAGUAUGACGUGCCAUUUCUUGCCAAGGUCAUUGACGAAGACAUGUGCAACAUGGUUAGCGAGCUACAAUUCAUACCACAAGACAACUCCUCAGGAGGUGUGGAGGAAUGCAAGAGUGCUUCCUGGUGGUUGGCGACAGCUGAGCGCCUGGAUUUGAGGAAUGUGAAGAUAGCGUGCGAAUGCUUCAUCAUCCAGGACAUGAUUACAUAUGGUGGGGAGACUGAAAAAGUCAAGCAAGCAAUGGCAUCGCUACAAGAAUGGGGAGUGACCACAGGGACUGUGUGCAACAUGAUGGCUGCAAUGAUGGAUGUGAGUGGACCGGCUUGUGUCACCAUUAGUGUUUUCUUCCCCCAGACACAAAAAUAUUAUGAUGUCAAAUGCGACCCUGGCAAGUACAGGACUGCGACUGGUUGUCCUGUUCAAUGCAAGCCAAAGGGCAUGAAACGCAAGGCCACAGAAGAAAUUGAGGCAUCGGUAAAGAAGUUCCUGGAAUAG